UAUCUCCUGCUGAUGAAAGUAUAUUCCUAAAACUAAGUAUGUGCGUUUUUUUAAAGUUUUCGCUCUGUAAUGCUGUUCUGAAGUUCGACAUGAAAGCGAUUUGGAGGACGACGAGACGUAUUUCAGUCCGGAAUUCACUCACCAAUUCUUCGGUGACAGCGAGACGAUAUUCGGUUAUGAGGAUCUAUCAGUGAAAUUGUUUUAUGCCGCUUGCUCCUUGCAUACGUUUCUAAAAGUUGAUUAUUCUGCUAUGGUUGAACCUUCGCAGGCGAAAGGCAUGAAGGCAGACUCCGUUAAUAAUAUGAUCUCCUGUCGUUUUUUUCCGGAUCAGUUGUGCACGGAAGAGCGUUUCAAAAGCAUCUUGCGUCACCAGGCUGAAUUCAAACCAUUUGGACAAGAAGUUGACUCGUUCCAACGCAAAAAAAGUAACUGUCAUUUUAAAUCAUUAAAUUUAUUUCCAGAGCCAAGAAUUCUAAAUCUUGUUCUAUUUUUUGGCGAUAAUCGCUACAAGAUGCAUCCAAUCAGCGCAGAAUUAGUGUCUUUAAUCCUGUUUGACGUUGUCGCGAGACCGGAUGAUUAA